AUGGCCCAUGAUCAUGAUUGUCUUGCUGUGGUUGGUGUAUUAAGAGAGAGAGUUGAGAAGAAGAUAAGGGAAUUCCUGAGCCAAUUACAGGGUCUGAGUGAAGACAAUAACAGCCCAUCUGCUCCAGAGAAGAUGAAGAAAGAUGAUUUUGAGAUUGUGGUAUUCUCUGAUGAGAAUGAUGAGAAGAACAAUGAGAUGGAGAAUAAUUAA